AUGCCCAAGGAAACAUCCGAUCAAUCAUCUUCAGUAACAAAUCCUACUCCGUUUAUAACCACUUACAGCUGGAAAGUUUCGAACUUUCAACAGCUCAAAGAAAAGACAUGUAUCGGCAAACAUGUAUACAGUCCCCCGUUUUGGAAUAACUAUUCUGGUUCCUGGCGUUUAAAACUUUAUCCGAACGGGAACGGCAAUGCGAUAAAUGAUUAUUUAAGUUUGUACCUUGAAGCAAUCCAGACUCCAUACGAACAAUUUCACAACAUUUCAUCGCGACGAAUAAGAUUCAAUUUUCGGCUCGAAAAAUUGGAUCUUGUAAGUAGUCAGCCAUCAAAAAUAUUCGAUCUAUGUAAUCAAAAUUGGUUCAUGAAUCAUGAAUUUCAAUUUGAUGGUGAUGUUGAUUGGGGUUUUACAAAGUUUUGUUAUUCUAAUAAAAUUUUUCAGCAUGAAGCUGAUAAAUCAAAAAAGAUCGUUCUAAUCUUUCAUGUUAAUAUUAUAAAUGAUGACAACGACCAAGAUAACAACGAGGAAAGGAAUCUUUAUUAUACUUAUACUACUGGCAAUGAAAAAUUCUUUGAAGAUCCAUCUUUUUCGGAUAUCGAAUUUGAAUUGGACUGCGGGGCUCGUAUCAAAGCUCAUAAAGUCAUUUUGGCUGGUGGAUCUGAUUACUUUGAAAAAAUGUUUAAAGGCGGCUGGAAGGAAAAGAAUACUCUGUGUAUCAAAUUUCACGAUAUUACUUACAAAACUUUUCGAGGAAUCUUAUUUUAUAUUUACACUGAGAAGUGGAUGGAUAUAAUCGAUCUUGACUUGUUGAUAGAAAUGUAUGCUAAAGCUGAUAUGAUGGGAUUAAAUAGAUUGAAAAAAAUGGUCAGCAAUAAAAUUUGUGGAAUGCUGAAUAUUGAUAAUUGGGAUCAAAUAUGUAAUUUUGGUUGGGAAAACGACGAUCUACAAUUUAAAAUAGCGGGUUUUAACUUU